UUCGUUGUAUUUCUGUCACUUCGAUUUAGUUUUUUGAAUUUUGUUUAAAUAGUUUAAAAAAUAUAUUUUAUAAAUAUUAUCAAAGUGUUCUUUAUAUGAAAAUUAGUUCUAUAAGAAGCGCUUCUGAAUGAAAUUAAAUAAGUAAAUUGGCAAAUUUAUUACAAUAAAAUUUUGCGAAAGUAACGAACUCACAAAUCAGCUGAAAGGCUUCCUUUUCCUCUCGCUAAUAUCAACGAAAAAGGAAGCAAUAUUCGUUAAGCGGUUACCAUCGUGCUGCAACCAUUUUGAAAAUAUGAACGAACAGCAGCAAAUGCGAGUAGUGAAAAGACAGCCACGUAAGAUUUUGGGCAUCAAUUCGCUCGAAUCUAAUGGACUUGCGGAUGAUUUGUCUGGAACAAAUAUCGUAUUGGCAGGAGCAAAUUGCACAGGUAUUUUACCAGUAACACUACAACCUACAGAACAUAUCUUCGAUUCGCUGUCGCAGCACCCACAUCAUACGCGUGUCGGCGGAACAACAGUGUGUGCAGGAGCGUCUGUAACUACAGCAUCUGUAUCAACACCAGUAACAUUAACGCUACAACAUCAGCACCAAAUGGAGAGAUUACGUUUAGCUAAUAUGAUGAAUCAAGAGAUGCAUGCAUUAUGGCCAUACGGAACAGCUACGUUCCUAUCACCUAUGUUACCUGCUCCAAAUAUGGCAUUACCAUAUGCACUAGCUGGCACUUUACCAUACGCAGCUGUGCCGAUAUACCCUGCUGCAGCAGCUGCGGCUGCGGCAGGAAUGCAACAAAAUAUGCAAAAUGCACCACAGCAAUGUAACAAUAUAUCACCAAUAUCGACAUCCAAUACGCUUCCCGGUUCUGGCGCGUCCUCUGCAUCCACUAGUAGUGCUACGUCUUCCAGCGGUGUUCCUACACUGCGCUCUCAAACGAAUGACUCAAACAAAAUUAAUAUACAAAUUGGUUUGCAAUGUGUUAGUCAGAAUUCGCCACUAAAUUUCAAUUCCAUGAAUGAGAUCAAUGCAUCUUUAGCUAAGGUGAAUUUGCUGAAUUUUUGUGGUGGUGUACCAGAGAAAGAAAACAAAGAGAGCUCUUCAUUGCGUAGUUCACCGAUAUUAUUAAGUUCAGACGACCUCAACAACAGCACCGUUAUAUGCAAUAGUAACGCACUUGGCAGUGGUGCUGGAGGCGAUGCCACCAAUGCCACUAAUUCACCUGGUAGUGGUGGCAGCUGCACAGUAACACUUUCGCAAGCAAAAUUUAAUGAGCUAACACGUUUAGCACUGCGUGGCAGUGAAAUUGCCGAAAAACUUGCAUAUACGCAUCGCAAUCGGCCAUGUUUCAAAAAGAUCGAUAGUCUCUGUGCGCGCAUGAAACAGGAUCUUAUACGUCCGGAUGGCGUUUUACCCAAUAUAAAUUCACAGGGUAUAGCUUGGGCCGUAAAGGACUUUAUUUUUGUUUUCACACGUGUCAUCAAUGCUUGGAUUAUUAUCAAGGGUUAUGUUUAUAAUACACCGGAAGGACUCAACAAAGUGAAGUCUGCCUUAAGCCCCGAUUUUGCAGCGAGUUUUGCAGCCUGGCAGGAUACCACAAUGGAUUUUGUAGAGAAUCUUAUAAAAUCAUUUGUAAAUCUAGACAAUUUGGUGCAAUCACAGAAGAAUGUAUAUCAGAAUUCUGAAAAUAAUGGCACACGUGCAGCAUCCAGCACUACGCCUAUUAAAUUAUUACAGCCAGUUAAUUCACUGAUUGAUGACUCGUUCGAUUUUCUAAAUACAUCUACCGAAAAAUCAACACAGAAUGCGCUAAAUAAAAAUUAUCUUUACACAAUGGUUGAAGACUCUGAGGGUAGUCAACGGCAGGCCACUGUUAAUGGAACUUACUUUAAAACAGGCACAUACAAUCCGAUCAAAAAGGAUGCCUUGCUUGUCGACCAAAUAAAUAACGUGACUACAAGUGUGACUAGCACAUCCGCUACAAACACGGCAGCGCAACACUUACUCGCGAACAAUAAUCCGCUCGAACAGUAUUUCGAUGAACAAAUUUCCGAAUUUUGGCCUCCAGCCGCCGAUAUGGAUACGGCAGCAGCUGCGGAGUAUUUGAAAAUUAAAGAAAAAAUACCUCCAAAUUGGUUAAGUUAUGAUAUACGUGUGUUGGAGCAAAAUUUAACGGAGUUUUCUAACGAUUACGAUCCAAAUGCACCACCACGUCCGUUGGGUAAGGAUCUCAUCGAUAAACUUAAUGUGAUGAUUGAGCGUCUGAUGGCAAUGAAACAUGCAGAAUUGUUUUUCAAAUUACAAUUUACCAAAAAUUAUUUCCCUGAAUUCAUGGCAAAGCAUAAGCAUGAUUUUAUGGAUGUGCGCUCCAUUAUACUCAAGUGUCAAGUGGGUGGUUACCAGCACAUUUUCGAAGUAGUACACGAUGUUAAAAAAAUAGUGCACACUGGCAAGGAAUAUUUAAAGUUUAAUGUAGACAACAAAUUGCAGAAAUCAAUUAAUGCGUUUGAAAGCGAAUUCAAUAAAUUACUUAGUGAACCACCUUUUGAGAAUUAUCAAUUCGAACAUAUUACCGGUGAGCCUAAAGAGAUGCUCUACAACUGUCGCAAUAAGUAG